AUGUCUCUGGCUGAAGCCAUCAGCCUCUGGAAUGAAGGCGUGCUGGCGGCUGACAAGAAAGACUGGAAGGCUGCUCUGGAUGCCUUUGCCGCUGUCCAGGACCCCCACUCCAGGAUCUGCUUCAACAUCGGCUGCAUGUACAUGAUCCUGGAAAAUAUGCCAGAGGCUGAGAAGGCCUUUACCAAAAGCAUUAACCGAGACAAACACUUGGCCGUGGCUUAUUUCCAACGAGGAAUGCUCUACCACCGGACAGAGAAAUAUGAUUUAGCUAUUAAAGAUCUGAAAGAGGCCUUGACGAAGCUUCGAGGGAAUCAACUGAUAGACUACAAGAUCCUGGGACUGCAGUUCAAGCUAUUUGCCUGCGAGAAGCAGAAGCUGUAUGAGCCAGUGGUGAUCCCCGUGGGCAGGCUGUUUCGACCAAAUGAGAGACAGGUGGCUCAGUUAGCCAAGAAGGAUUACCUGGGAAAAGCCACGGUGGUAGCAUCUGUAGUGGAUCAAGACAGUUUCUCUGGAUUUGCCCCUCUGCAACCACAGGCAUCUGAGCCUCCACCCAGACCCAAAACCCCAGAGAUCUUCAGGGCUCUGGAAGGGGAGGCUCACCGUGUGCUGUUUGGGUUUGUGCCUGAGACAUCAGAGGAGCUCCAGGUCAUGCCAGGGAACAUUGUCUUUGUCUUGAAGAAGGGGAAUGAUAACUGGGCCACAGUCAUGUUCAACGGGCAGAAGGGGCUUGUUCCCUGCAACUACCUUGAGCCUGUUGAGCUGCGGAUCCAUCCUCAGCAGCAACCCCAGGAGGAAACUUCUCCAGAGUCUGACAUCCCUGCUCCUCCCAGUUCCAGGGCUCCAGGAAAACCCCAGUUGUCACCAGGUCAGAAACAAAGAGAAGAGCCAAAGGAAGUAAACCUCAGUGUGCCCAUGCCUUACACACUCAAGGUGCACUACAAGUACACAGUGGUCAUGGAGACUCAGCCUGGGCUCCCCUACAGCCAGGUUCUGGGCAUGGUGUCUAAGAAACUGGAGCUCCUGCCGGAACAUACUAGGCUGAGCUACCGGCCUCAGGGCAGCAAUGAGUUGGCGCCCCUUUCAGAAGCUAGCAUGAAGAUUGCCUGGGGCCAAGUGAAAAACUAUUGCCUGACUCUGUGGUGUGAGAAUACAGUGGGAGACCAAGGCUUUCCAGAUGAAUCCAAGGAAAAUGAGAAAUCUCAUAAGCAGACAACAGAACCUCAGUUUAAGGAAGGGAGCCAAGUGGUAGCACUCUUCAGUUAUGACGCUACCCAACCAGAGGACCUGGAGUUUCUGGAAGGGGAUGUAAUCCUGGUGCUAUCGGAUGUGAAUGAAGACUGGCUGGAAGGCGAGUGCAAAGGGAAGAUUGGGAUUUUCCCUAAAGCUUUUGUUGAAGAGCGUGCAGCUCCCGGAGAGGUCUAGGCUGUUCCACAACAUACAAAGCUG